AUGGGAGACUGGAAAACCUACAUUAAUACCAUCCUGAAGGACAAAAACAUUGAAGAUGUAGCCAUUGUAGGGCAUUCUGACAACAAGUCCGUAUGGGCUUCUAAACCAGGAGGCCUCUUGGCAGCCAUCUCUCCCCAGGAAGUGGGAGUGAUUGUUGGAAAGGACAGAAAGGCAUUCCUGCAGACUGGGAUCACCAUAGCUGGCAAGAAGUGCAGUGUGAUCCGUGACAACUUGCUAGUGGAUAAAGAUGCUGUGAUGGACACCAGAACCAAAAAUGGUGACAGCAAAUCUAUCUGUAUCGGGAAGACUGCAAAAGCUCUGAUCUUCCUCAUGGGGAAGAAGGGGGUCCAUGGAGGUGCUCUUAAUAAGAAGAUGCAUGACCUGAUAGCAAGCAUGAAAUCCAAAGGCAGCUAG